UUGGCGACGUCAUCAAUCUUCCCUGCCAUGGUGCAAUACGCAGUGACUACAGCCUCCUAUUUGCUUGCGUCGUUCCACACUCAAGUUAAAUAAGCGGACCGAAAGGGAGCAUCUCGGCACAUCUGUAGCUUGAUAUUCGUCGAAAUGAAGCUCACCUUCGUUGCUUUCGUGUCAUGCCUUUUGUUAGGUUGCCGGAACACGGACGGUGCUACCUGCCAACAGGGAAAAGGAGGAACUCGGGCUCCAGGUUCAGUGCACACAGUGAUUGUCCAACCCUUACCACGCUUCGUUGCACCAAAAUGUGAGCAGAGGGCAUUCGACGUGGCCGUAUGGGGCUGCCGCGAUAUAGUUAGCGAAGCGGUAGAUACACGUGCAGAAACUACAGGACCUGCAGCAACUGCUCCACCUGAGACAGCAAGAGCAUGGACCGAUGAACAACAGAAAGAACGCUGCAGGGACAUCAAAUUCUUCAAAACUUGCUUGAAGACGGCACUCCAAGGAAAAGGAUGCGAAGCUAACAUUUCUGCAUAUCUUAAAGUCGUAAAAUACAAGUAUGGAGGAAAGGGGUGCAACACUGCAGCACGUACGACGCAUCCCACAUGGCUACUGGCAGCACUGCUCUUCGUGGUGUCCACGAUAAAGGUCGCAGCAUUUCAGUAGGAAAGCCGGCCAACGGCUUGUGGGUUCUGCAGCUGCCCAUCGUCCAUUUGCGCAGAGUGUGAUUCCGGGUUAUUAAAGUUACUCCCUAAAAGUAUAUGAGCUACAGCUACAGAUACGCCGUGGGAGAAGAUACACUGGUACGGUUACAGAUACUCUCAAUAAUGUACUGAGUGCUUUAACAGUUACUUUUUCCAUUAAGUUGAUUAGAUUGAUUUUGAAAACUGUUAUUUGUGACAUUACGGUUAAUAAAGUAAAUUAGCUUGGGUCACAUGA